AAUUUUCUCAUUUUCUCAAUUCUCUUUGUUGAUCCUGAACUUUGCUCUCAACUAGAGUUCCAUGUAUGCUCUCAAUACAAUAAUUUGAUAAAUAGAUCAAUAUUGCUUAUUGAAAUCCUAAUGCCACUAAUGCCUACCAUAUGCACAUAUAUGGGCAUGGGUUUGCAUGAAUAUAGAAGGUUGGACGUUCAUGGUGGCACUUGGGUUCAAUGCCGCAAUAAGCGUGAGAGUAUCAAAUGAACUAGGAGCAGGGCAUCCAAACACUGCAAAAUUUUCAGUAAUAAUAGCCUCCAUCACUUCUCUUUUAGCCGGCGUCUUCCUCUCAUUGGUUCUACUUUUUUCUCGGAGUUGGUAUCCUCCAUUGUUUUCAAAUAGUGAGGAAGUCCAGCAAGUUGUAUAUGAGCUCACGCCUAUGUUAGCAGUCACCAUUAUUGUUAGCAGUCUUCAACCUACUCUUUCUGGGGUGGCCAUAGGAGCAGGGUGGCAAGCAUAUGUUGCAUAUGUUAACAUAGCUUGCUACUAUUUGUUUGGUAUUCCCAUAGGUCUCACACUUGGCUUCCUCCUUGACAUUGGCGUUAAGGGUAUCUGGUAUGGGAUGCUAGCAGGUAUGACUCUUCAAACUGGUGUCUUGAUCAUGAUGGUCCUUCGAACUAAUUGGAACAAGGAGGCUUCCCUUGCCAGAGACAGAAUAAAACAAUGGGGGGGAGACUCGGAGGUGAAAGAAAAUGGUGAAAACCUUGUUAGCUGAGUGCAGGCCAAAUUGUAAUUAUACUGCCUGUGUAAUCGAAAUGCCACAAAAGAUUAUAGAGAACAAAGUAUAAUAGUUUGCAUUUA